AUGUGCUCCUUCUGGGAUGGCCAAGUUGAGCCCGCGGACGUUCGCCGGUUCUGCAACGGCCGCCUCCUGCGGCAGAUGGGGGAGGCAGCCCAGGAGAUGGCUGGCGAGCCCCUGAUCUCAGGUCCCGCAGAGGAUGCCAUCGAGGCACAGAGUGCCGCUGCCGGUCCCAAUGGACUGGAGGCCUUCCUGGACCACUGGAACGCUGGCGUCUACAGCUGCGCGAGGUGCCACAAGCAGCUGUACCCGUCUUCUUCAAAGUGGCGUGGCCCUUGCGCUUGGCCUUCGUUCCGAGCCCCCGUCGCAGCGGCCUUACGCACGCGACCCGUGGUCGGAUAUGGAGGUUACAAAUGUGCCGUUGCAGAGCUGUACUGCAAGGGCUGCAAUUUGUUCAUAGGUCACUGCUUCCAAGAUGCCUUCGAACUGGGUGACAAGGGCCCGGAGAGCACUGGUUGGCGCCACUGA